AUGGUCAAGGUUGGAAUCAUUGGCGGAUCGGGUCUCGAGGAUCCCAAGAUCCUUCAGAAUCCGAAAGUCGUCUCGAUUGAGACGCCGUUCGGAAGCCCGAGUGAUGCACUAACAACUGGAACAAUCAAUGGUGUCGAGUGUGUGCUUUUGGCGAGACAUGGCAAAAAACACGACAUUAUGCCAGGAAAUGUCAACUAUCGAGCCAAUUUGUGGGCCCUUUAUGAGCUUGGCUGCGAUGUCAUAAUCGCAUCAACUGCGUGCGGAUCUCUUCAGGAACACGUUAAACCUGGACAAUUACUGUUUCCGGACUCGGUUUUUGACAGAACGAAUGGCAGAAAGUCGACAUUCUUUGACGGAACCAAAAAGUUGACGCCCGGUGUCUGCCAUAUUCAGCCGCAUCCGUGUUAUAAUGAGAAGCUGAGACAGAUUCUCAUCGCGACGGCGAAGAAAUGCAACUUGGAUCAUCAUACAAGCGGCUUCGGAGUGUGCAUUGAGGGUCCGAGAUUCUCGACGAAGAGCGAAAGUAAUGUGUUCCGUUCGUGGGGUGCCAGCCUUGUCAACAUGACGAUGAUGCCGGAAUGCGUUCUGGCGAAGGAGCUUGGAAUCCCAUAUGCAACGACGGCUCUCGUCACUGACUACGAUUGUUGGAGAGAAGAGGGCGAACAGGUCACUAUGGAAGCAGUGAUGAAGACAUUCGCUGAGAAUGUGGAAAAGGCGAAAACGCUUUUCAUUAAUGCGGUCGUCGAAAUUGGAAAAGUCGAUUGGAGUGACGAGAGAAAAAAAUUGAAGACUGAUGCUCGUCAUUCGGUUAUGGUUGGUCCCGAAGUCGUUAUACCGCAUCUCGCUAUCUAG